AUGAUGCCUGAACACAAGAUGCAACUGUUGGCGCUGCACGGCAAGGGCACCUCUGCCAGGAUCAUGAAGGCACAGAUCAAGCCUUUGGUUGAUCUGCUCGACAACGUGCUCGAUGUGCACUAUAUGGAUGGCGGCGAGACGUCUGCUCCGUAUCAAGGCAUCGAAAGCAUCUUUCCCAACGAGUCGUACUACGCAUGGUAUCAGCAGCCGACUCGAGAUGCGCUGCGGGACGCUCACAGAAGGAUUGCCGAACGACUUUCUCCGACGUUCAUCGGCAGCUUGAAGCCGAAUGGUGGGAAAAUGGUCCCUAUCACCACCAACUUUGAACGAAGCAGCUGGGGUGUUUUCACUCCUCCAGAGACGCCGACAUCGGUGUCUCCGUCCUUUCCGCUCGCUCGCGCACCUUUGGACUCGCUGUUAACUGUCAAGACGAGUCUUGAUAAGCUAGGAUAUGUGGCCAACAGCAGCCGUCAGACGGGUCGACUUGGGAUCGAACAACGGAUCCCGGGCAUCGAUACGCCUCUUUCGCAUCCAAGCACGGCCGGGGCGAGGACGCCUGUGGACGUCCAGCUCGGCAGAUACGAUGGCAUGAUCUGCUUUUCGCAGGGCUGUGCUGUGGCGACAGGCUUACUUCUGGAGAUGGGCACAAGGCUGUCGGCUCGCCUGGUGAUUCUGAUCUGCGGUGGGCGACCCUUUGACAUUAAGGGGACGAUGGAGAGGGUGGAAACGACGAGGACGACGCCGAUCGAGAAGCUAAGCAUCCACAUCCACGGGCGUCAGGAUGCGGGUUUGGACGAGUCGAGAAAGCUGGCGAGUUUAUAUAGCGAUAGGGGUAAGCAGGUGAUCGAGCUUGACAUUGGACAUUGUCCGCCGCGACGUACGUCGGACAUCCAAGUGGUUGCAGCUGCGGUUCGGCGAGCCAUCGCGGAACUGAGCUGA